AUGGUGUCUGGGGAUCACGAACGAUUGCUGCCUGUACCAGAGAUUUACGUGAAAUGCUUUUAUGACCUCUUUAAAAGUAUUGCUGAAGCACAGAGAAAUAAGGAAGAAUGGAGAAAAUGUACAAAAAAUAAAUCUAUACGUAAAAGGGAUAAAAAAAAGAUUGAUUUGAGUGGAGAUUUGAAUUACAAUAAUCCACCAGAAAUAGAAUUAUCUUGCAAUGCUUCUGCAUUUGCUGUAUUUGCUAGUGUUAGAAAUGCUAUUUUAGACAGGCAUAAUAGGACAACAAAUGAAGUUUAUAGAGUAUCAAAUUGUAAUUCUCCACCAUCACCAGAACACAGUGAAACUAUUGAUACAGAAAGUGAUGAUGAAGAUAGAAUAUCCACUAUACAGAGUUUACCAAAGAUUGUAGGUAUUGGUUUACGAAGUGUUUUCACAUUGAUGAGAGAAAGCAGAACAAUUGAUCCUGCUUUAUGUACAAAAGCAUUAUCAGCUUUAUUGGAUGUACUACAAGGACAACUUCCUGAAGGCCUGAAAUCUGAACCAGAGGAUGUUAUUGAUCCCCUUUUUGAUCUAUUAUUGGAUCUUGCAACUUCACAUGGUCCAGAAUCAGCAGCUGCCAAUGAUGGCAGUCAUUUGACUGCAGUUGCUUGUGCAUGUUUAUUAAGCCUUGUGGUUGUUAGAGGUGAUACUGGUCGUUUAUUGGCAGCUAUAGCAGCUUUACUCAUGUGCCCAAGAGCAUUAGCAGCUCAGAAUAUUCAAAUGCCAUGUGUGUUAACAUCUUUGCAAAGAAGCGUACAAGCUGUCUUACUGGGGAAACUUGCACGGCCAGACUGGAUUACAUAUGGAGUUCCUAAAUGUGCUAAGAUUUAUACUUCUACGCUUAAGUUACCAAAUGAGAUAAGUAAUAUAAUAUUAAAUGGGCGAAGUUUUGUGAGUGAUGGAAAGUACCUGUAUUUGCAUACAAGUAGAGGAUUAUUAAAAAUUGGUAGCGGUCAUGGUGGAACGAUUUGGGGUCAUAUGUAUAUUCAGAAGGCAGACUUUUAUCCAACUGAAACUGGUUGGCUUGGUUAUGCAAAUAAUACAUUAUAUUUUAAAUAUACACCUAGAAAACAGAGCGAAUUACUAAUUAUCGACGCAGAAACUCUUUCAGUCACGGAAAUUGCUGUAUUAGAAGGACGUGAUUGGUCAUCUUCCGUUAUGUUUUCUGAUGGUGAAUGUUUAGGAAUGAUAACAGCUGGAAAAGAUGAUGGUUUUGUAGUCAGAAUAAUAAAUACAUUAAGUAAUUCAGUAACCGUUGCAUCAGAACUGCCGUUAAAAUUAGCAAGAAAAUGUGUAGAUGUUUUUGGCUAUGCUGCAUUUGAUGAAGAACAAACCACACAUACAUUAAAUCCAGGCUGUGAUGAUGAAAUUGCUACAGUUACUGCAGGCAAAGAAUUUGCGUUAAUAAAAACUGUAUCUGGCAAAAUUCUGUAUAGCGGGAAAGGAACCUCUCUUGGUAUGAAAAGUAACACAAGGCCUAAUAGGUGGGUAGAAUUAACACUUGGAAAAGGUCCAAGACUUGCAAAUUUUGCAGCUGGUCAUGAUGGUCAACAUGUUGUAAUAGUUAUGGAAGACGGUUCGGUUUUAUUUGCUGGUACCGCUAGGCGUGGUGAAGAUGGCGAUAGUAUUAAAAUUAGACGUCAACCUAAGCCAGUUAAGCCAAAAAAGGUAGCGAAAGUAGAAGGGCAGUUCAUUGUAGAUGCUGCUUGUAAUAAUGGGUCAACAGCAUUAGUUACAAAGGAGGGUUCCUUACUGAUGUUUGGCAAAGACACGCUACAUUGUGAUCCUGUGUCGGGAAUAGUUACUGAUCUCAGAGACGUUUUUGUCGUUCAUGUUUCAUUAGGUAAAGCUCAUGCUGCAGCAUUAACUAACAAAGGACAUUUGUAUACAUUUGGAAUUAAUAAUAAGGGACAAUGUGGUAGAGAUUUUACCACUGUUCAUAGUACUAUAAAUAAAGAUGUCUCUACGGUUGCUGUAGAAAUGGGUACAGCAGAAGAUGAACUUUUAGUGACUGAAGAAGAUGGUAUGGAAUCUACUGAAGAUUGGGAAGAAAUGAGAGGAAUAUGUCCACCAGGAUUACAUCAAUGGAGGCAGCGUGAUUGUAUGGUUUGCACAGUAUGUCGAGAAUGCACUGGCAAUAGUAUAUCAUGUUUAAGCAGUAUACGACCAGAUCGAAAUCCAGGCCAGGAAUGUGGGUGUGGUGAAGGUGAUAGCGGAUGCGCAGAAUGUGGAUGUUGUCGCACGUGUGCAAGAAAAAGUUGUACUAAUGGUAGAUCAAGUUCAAAUUUUCGAGAGUAUUUACAAAAAUGCUUAGGGGAAAUAAAGCAAAAGCAAAGAACAAAGGCAGGUCCGAGUACUGCAAAGUAUGAGAUGAAGAUGAAAGGUCCGAAUAAUCAAAGAUUGGCUGGACCGAUCGUGAUACAAAAAAUUGCCGGAAAAAUGGCAUUAGGACUAGGUACUAAUAUAAUAAAUGAAGAUGGUAUUGGUGGGAGUGACAUUGAACGUGGUGAUGUUGCAAGAAUUACUAGUAUACCACCAGCUAGAGUUCCUAUACCUAGUGAAAGCCCUGUGGUUCAAGUAGCAUGUGGCUUACACCAUACAGUGGUACUCUUGCAAAAUGGAGAAGUUUAUACCUUUGGAAGUAAUAUAUAUGGUCAGUUAGGUGUGGGAGAUUUGGUACCACAUGCUGGACCAGUUCAUGUUAAAUUAUCUGGAAUUAUAACACAAGUUGCUGCUGGUAGCAAUCAUACUGUUGUACUUACAUCAAAAGGGGAAGUGUUUACAUUUGGAGCUUAUCAAAAAGGACAAUUGGGCAUAAAUUGGUGGAAUGGACAAAAUGAACUUCCAAAUUCUACUCCACAAGUUAGCCGUCGUCCUGACAGAACGCAACCGCGGCACUGCUUUCCAAAUGUAGUUCCAAAUAUUGGCCCGCAAUGGGGUAGACGAGCAACAUGGGUUGGUGCAAGUGGAGAUCAAACUUAUGUCAAAAUUGAUGAAAUAAAUUCUAUUAGUUUAACAAGGAGUACUGUUAUGGCAAAUAAAAAUUGCAUAAUUUUAAUUCCACAUCAAACUGAUCAUGCAAAUUCCUUCAAAUGUUUAGUUAUAAGCAAAAGGGAUGGUACUUGCAACAGUUAUAGUGGAAUAGAUCAAGUUGACUUCAGUAAUUGUGCUACAUGUUUAGAUCCCUUGUAUAACGUGAUUUGGACUUUUAAUCCUAUGAAUAGUGAAAUAAGUUUGUAUAAUAUCAUAUCAACAGAAGCUAGAACAAUUUCUGGAUUGGAAGCAUCUAUUUUGAGUCCAGGCUUAGCACUACCUGUAGUAGCUAACUGUUUUGUAACACGUUCUCAGGCUGCAAUGCAUUUAUUGGGUUGUUUAGAUACCCUCACCCAAGCACAAGACGAAAAUCUAUCUAUAGUAGAGGAAAAUGAAUGUAAUCAAUCGAUACAUGGAAAAGUGUACAGUCGUGAAGAUUUUGUUACAGUCAAUAGAUUCGAAAGCCAUGGUGGUGGCUGGGGAUAUUCUGCACAUUCAAUCGAGGCUAUUAGAUUUAUGCCUGAUACUGAUAUUUUACUAGGUGGAUAUGGAUUAUUCGGAGGUCGGGGAGAAUAUACAGCAAAAAUAAAACUCUUUGAUAUUGGGAUGGAUGGAGGGGAUCAAGAAAAUGAUGGAGAACUACUAGCAGAAUCAGAAGAAAUACCAUAUGAAUGUGGACCGAGACAAAAAUAUUCUAUUUUAUUUUAUGAACCAAUUCCAUUGCAAGCAAACAGGUGGUAUGUUGCAUGGGCUAAAGUUAGGGGUCCAUCCAGUGACUGUGGAUCUGGUGGUCAAGGCAUGGUCACAGCAGAAGAUCAAGUUAUGUUCUAUUUUAAAUCAUCGAAAAGAUCUAAUAAUGGAUCUGAUGUAAAUGCUGGUCAAAUUCCACAAUUAUUGUAUCGAAUUGUCACACCUGAAAAUCAAACUCCUAAUAGACAAAGGGAUCGAAUCGAACCAGUUUAUGUACUGAAAAGAGAUUUCAGCAGAACAGUCACUAAGGAAUGUUUUCAAUCAUUGAUAUCUCUCCUUCAAUGGAGUUGGAAUACGUUAAAAGCCGCAUUAAAUGAUACCAUGGCAGCUUCUUCUCAUACAGUACUCGAAGUGGAGCGUUUAGUUUAUAUUAGUAAAGCUAGUUUACGGUUACUUAGAACUUACACCAACGAAAUUUAUCCCAAUCAAGUGGGAAAGAAAACUCCGGCUGAAUCGGUACGGCUAGCAGAAUGCAUAGGUGAAGUACGCGCAUUGUUGUAUCAAAUUUUGUCCGAUAGUAUGCCACUAAAUACGAAAAGCAAGGGAAAAACGAGAGUAAGCAAAAGUCCUAGUGUUAUAAAUAGUAAAAUGACAAAUAGCAUAUUGGAUGAAUGUCAUAGAACAUUUGUAGCUUGCUAUCAUGCAUUUUAUCCGACAGCAUAUUUAAAGUGGACAUGCCUAUGCGAAUUGUUAUCAGAAAUUGACAGAGAGCAAGGAAGAUCUGCGAAAGAUCGACUGUUAUCGGCUGUUUUAGCUGCUUUAUGUAAUCCUACCAUUCGUCUUCGAUGCACAUUUCCAAUUUUAAAUAACAUCAUGGAUAGCAGUAGUAACAGUGACAGUAUAAAACGACAACUUAGUCCAUCCGAUAAUACUGGCUUGUUAAUGAUAAACUCAGCCGAAAGUCAUCAAUAUCCAAUCUUAGUUGAGCAGAUUAGUUAUAAAUCUCAAGUGGAAAGUUCUGGCAAAGAGACAUUAAACUGGUCGUUCCGUGAUGUCCUCGAUAGAUUGUUAGAUUUGAUUCUAGUCCCUGUGAAGAAAAGUCUUUGCAGAAAGAAGACUCAAUCACUGCCAGAAUUGGUACUUCAUUGUUGUUAUUUGUUAGCGCGAGUGAUUGCUGAGUUAGCAGGCCAAUCUAGUGGAAGUGAGGAUGAACUUCAAGCUGCUUGUGGAAGACUUAUGUACACUACACCUUCGAGAUUUACUCGCGUAAAUCAAAUAAGAUCGUGGAAUAAUGGCUCCCCGGAUGCGAUUUGUUUUUCGGUCGAUAGACUUGGUAUCGUUAUCGCUGGAGUGGGAAUUUAUGGUGGCGUUGGAAUGUAUGAUUACGAGUUAGAACUACUCGACGAUCAAAAUAACACGGGUAAUGAUCCAUCCCAUACUCAGCGCUGGAGUAGUUUGCAUUUUACAUGUGGCUCUUUCGGCCCAGAUGACUGUGUUAACGACAUAGUAGAAUUAAAAUUUGAUAAACCUAUACCCAUUAAGGAAAAUGUAAAGUACGCUAUUAGACUGAGAAACCGUGGAGGACGUACAAGUAGUGGUGAUGGUGGUUUGAGUGUCGUUAAAGGACCCGACGGAACUACAUUUACUUUUACGGCUUGCUCCUUAAGCUUUAAUGGUACGACACAGACCAGAGGUCAAAUACCGCAUAUCCUUUAUUAUUCAAACCCACAAGAUUCCGACGGUCAACAUACAAGCAAGGCAAUGGCCGAGGUACAAGCGAGAAAAUGUGCCCUUGUCAUGACAGCAACAAUUAUUCAAAGGUCAAACGAAAUUUUUGCGUUAGCGAGAGAAAGGGCUGAAGAAAUGGUAGCUACAGAAGUCCUUGGGAAUGCGGCAUUUGUGACAACUCUUUUACCACUGGUUAUGGCACACAUCAGUCCACUAGCUACAUCAGACCCUAGGAGUGGAGUCCAGAUUCUUACCUUGAUACAAGAAAUGUUACCUCAUGUUGCGGCACUUAAUUUAUUAUCUACAAUGGGAUCGUCUGAAAUAUCUCAAGACAGUGAAGCUCAAACUCAUACCCCAACACCCAUUACUACCAGUCAUCAUUAUACCUGGUUGGAAAGUGAUCAUCCUUAUAAACCUGCUACAGUAUCCCAUUACAGGGUCACCUUCCCAGAAACGGUCAAAUGGUUAACUAUUGAAUUCACGCCAGAGUGUGGCACAGCUCAGCCAGAAGAUUAUUUACAAUUGUACAUUCCAAAUAUCAUCUCUCCUUCUCUCGCGGGAAUAAGUGCAACAGAAGACGUACCCUUGCAUUGGCCUGUUUUGCAUAAACUGAGUAAUGUACCAAGUCAAUGGCCUCAAAACGCGAUCGUAUUACCAGGAAACGAAGUUAUGUUCUCGUUGGAAACUGCUUCUGAUUACAUGCGGAACGACAGAGCAAUCACAUACGGAUUUAAAUGCCUGGUAAUCGGAUACGAUUGGAUAACAUCGGGAAAUGGUUUAAAAAAUCUGGAAAUUGAAUUAUCAUUUCUCGGUGGAGCCUGUGCUGCCAGUCUUAUGAAGAGAAAUCUUGCUUUGCCGCCUGUAUCUAAUGAAGAAGUUGAAGAGGAUUUGGAACUGAUGCAAGAAACUGCAAAGAGGAUUUUCUCCGUACACUCGACGUUACUUGGACGAGGAUUCGCCCUAGCUUCACCUCCUACGGUCUCUCAGGCGCUCGACGGUGUUCUUCCGUUCAGGUAAGUACUAAAUCAUUUACUCUACCAGUUGUCGGUAAAAAACUG